CUUGUAUUAUUAUAUAUAUGACAUAUGGUGGAACUAGUUUGGUUUAAGCUUCGUGCAAUAAUACAAACAUGGAUCCAGAAAAGUUUGCAAAAUAUUGUUUGAGCAUUGUGGUUUUGAUAUCCUUGGUGGUAGUUGUUAAUGCAUCUUCAUUGCCAUCAAGCAGGAGAUCAAAAUAUGAAAUACUCAAGCAAAUUAAUCGAAAUGGACCAUAUAUUGGUCUUAUUACUGUUUAUGCACCUGAAGAAACUGCUUUUUUUGGUAAUGGUGCUUUUAAGCCUAAUCCAAAUCACCCAUUCGUUGAUCUCUCUGGUCGGCGAUUCAAAAUUGGAAAGGUUCAUGAUAAGAAAGUCAUAUAUGUGAGAUGCGGCAUUGGAAUGGUGAACGCAGCUGCAGCAACACAACAAAUGGUGGAUUUGUUUAACGUUGCCGGAAUUGUCCAUUUUGGUAUCGCCGGAAAUGUCAACAACUCCAUGUCUAUCGGAGAUGUUUCAAUUCCCAAGCAGUUAGCUGACACUGGCCUUUGGGAUUGGGUGAACCCAAAUGGGACUUUGGACUCUACUGAUGUUGCUCACUUGGAGAUUGAAACCUACAAUGUCCCAAAAGGAGGAGAAAACCUAUUGGGAAGCAUUGGCUAUAUGCAAGAACAAUUCUUCUCAGCUUCAGGGAAGCCAAACGUUUCUCAACCAUUGUUCUGGAUACACGUUAAUCAGCAAUGGCUUCAAGUUGCUUCCAAAUUAGAGAGAAUGGAUAAUCUGCUGGAAAGAUGUGUGAAUUCGAGUUUGUGUCUACCAGAGAAGCCAAAGGUAGUAGUAGGGCUAAGGGGAGCAACAGCCAACAUUUUUGUCGACAAUGCAGCGUACAGAGAUUACCUUUUCAACACGUUCCAUAUUUCUUCCAAUGACAUGGAGAGUGCUGCUGUUGUUAUGACAAGCGUGUCGAACGGGUUUCCGGUGAUCGUAAUUAGAGGGCUAUCGGACCUUGCAGGAGGACAAUCGGGGCAGAAUGGAAUUCAAACCUUUGGAUCCCUUGCUGCUCGUAAUACUGCCAAUGUUGUUGUUCAGUUUUUAAAGGAGCUCAAAACUUAAUGAGUUAUAAGUAGUACCAAAAUUUGAUUCUUUUCUUUUUAUGAAUUUGCUGUAUUUCUCCAAUAAACAACCAUAUUAUUUCACCUUUAUUAGUGAAUGUGAUGCACAAGAGACAAUUUCCAUUUACGCUAGA